AUGGCAACAAUAUUUUCUGGAUCAUCAAGGAGAAAUAAACCUAGCGGAAGUCGUCAUAGAUUAACGACACAGAUGAAACACGAGUUGAGAGAAGCUUUUGACCUAUUUGAUGCCGAUGGCAAUGGUAUCAUUGACGCCAAGGAAUUAAAUGCUGCAACGAGGGCGCUUGGUUUUGAAAUGACCAAAGAGCAAAUUGAUGAAAUGAUGGUAGAAGUAGACAAAGAUGAGAGUGGUGCAAUUGAUUUUGAUGAAUUUGUGUACAUGAUGACUAGCAAAAUUUGUGAGAGGAACAACAAACAGGAGCUUACAAAAGCUUUUAACAUCAUUGAUCAUGAUAAAAAUGGGAAGAUAUCAAUUUUAGACAUAAAGAACAUUGCUAGGGAGUUGGGUGAGCAUUUAACAGAUGUAGAGAUCCAAUCAAUGGUGGAAGAAGCUGAUAGAGAUGAUGAUGGAGAGGUAAACUUAGAGGAGUUCAUGAGGAUGAUGAAGACAACUACAUAUGGAUAUGACACGGAACGGAAACGAUAG